CUUUCCUCACCCCACUCAAGUUCUUCCUCUUUCUGUCAUUUACAGGUCGCCACUUGGUCACUGCAGACACUAUGCUCUCUCUCAGCUCUCUCCCCAGCACCGUUGUCCCCAGCCUUCCCUCCUCUUCAGGGGGCUGUGCUACUGGGGGACCGAGGGCACGGUCCUCCAGACAGGAGGUGGCGCUGUUCCAGACCCUGCAGGAGGCUCUGAGGGAGAUUGACCUGCCUGAAACACAGGACCUGCCACAGGGUAUGAGUCACUCUGAGAUGUGCAUCUGUGUUUUGGGAUCCCCACUCCCCUACCUCUCUCUGCUGUUAGAGGCAGGCCAACGGAGCCCAGGAGAUGCUCUCCUGUGUCUCUGUCCGUCCUGGCUCUCUCGCUCCUCCUCCUCCCUCCUGGUCCACAAGGCUGUCACCUUUGACCUUGGAGGGCGCACUUUCUUAUCCAACUUCAACCCGCCUCGCAGGGUCACCUACUUCCUGUCAUCUGACCCGUGGGCUAAGGAGGAAAUGACCCGAGAGACAGACUGCCCAAGCGGAGGUUCUGGAGCACUGGGUCAGUUCUGGGGGAAUGUUCUGACCACCAGGGUUCUGCUGCAGAAGGCCAAGAUCCACUGCCCCCCAACCCUGGCCCUUCUGUUACCACCCGGGCAGAUGAGGCUGGAGGAGGGCAGGACAGGAGGGGUGGAGGUGGUGCACCUGGAAAUGGGGGCGGAGGAAGGGAUGAACUCUGUCCGAAACAAGGUGGACACUUUCCUGGAGUCUGAGAACAUGAGGGGAUCAGAGAGGGUGGUGCUCAGGUGCAGUGGGGGGAGGUUCGUGGGCGAGGCAACCUCACCCCCUGUCUACCUGUCCAGGAACAGCAAGGAUGAGGUCUGGGCCAAGGUGAGUUAUCUCCUGCCCCAGCUCCUCUCUGGCGAGGCAGUGCUGCUGGAGGCCUACUGCUCCCCACUGAAGCCUGGGCCACGGGUACAGGACCGCACCUGGGAACAGUACACUGACUGCAGGCCUCAGGUUCCAGACCUGUCCUUCAGACUGUGUGCCAUAGUAACUCGCUCACCUCUGGACCUGCCUCUCCUCUACAAGUUGGUGUGUAGAGUGGGAGUGUCCGACGACCCUCUCUCUCACAGCCACUCCCUCUCUCAGUCUUUGGAGACCACCCUAUUAGAGUGUGGUUUCACUGACCCUACCAUGGCAAAAUCUCUCUGCCGCCUAGCACUGGACACCGCCCUGUCCUGCCUCUGUGUUGUCAUGGAAACAGAGUCAAGCAUGUCCGCAGAACAACGCGGUGGAGCGGGUGCCCAGACCGACAUGAUAGGCGUGGACCUCCUUUUCACCAUGGAUGGCUCCAUCAUCAGGCCUGUUAUUUUGGGCCUCCAUCCCUCCCUCUGUCUCCACUCCUCCUUCCAAGAGCGAGGGAUGGGGAUGGAGGGAUGUGACAGUGGGAUAGAGGGGUGGAGUAGGGGCACCCUCCUCCUCACCCCCCUCACCCGCUCCCAGUACCACCUGAUGCAGGGGAAAACUGUGUUGGUGGUGGGAGCAGGAGGACACAGUAAGAAGUUCAUCUGGAAAACAGCCAAACAGUACAAGCUAAAGAUCCUGUUGGUGGACAGUGACCCUGCCCACUUCGCCUCUCAGUUGGUCGACCACUUCCUCCCCCUGCCAGACCUCCCCGACCAUCGGCGUGACGACCAGCACUGCUCCCGCAUCUGUGAUUGGCUGUUGUCCUCCAGCCUCCACCCAGACGGUUGCGUGUGCUUCUGGGACGAAUGCGUGGUGCUGACAUCGCUGGUCUGUGAUAGGCUGGGGCUCAGGAGCCCUCCUCCGGAGGCCAUCCGCAUUGCGAAGGAGAAGAGCCGCACCCACAGGCACCUCCUGGGCCUACUGAAGUCUACUGGGACUAACCUGAUCAGUGUUGAGCAGCCCUCUGGUCAGCCAGAUAGCCUGGUUGAGUUUAGAGAGGAUGAGAGGAGAGGUAGACAGCAGAAUGGCAUGGUCAACAUGGAAGGAGAUAGCAUGAGAGCUAUGGCCGAUUUUGACAGGGGGGAUCUCUUCAAUGACGCAAUGGGCAAACACGACACUACCGCCCCUACCUCUUCAUCCACCUCACCAUCCUCUUCCUCCUCACAUUCCUUUGACACUUUCCGUCCCUCUGCUCCUCUCCUCUCUCCCUCCCCUUCCUCCUAUGCUGUUCCCUGUAUCCAUGUGGAGAGCACCCUGGAUCUGGAGAAGGCAGCCAGUAGGGGGGAGGGGGGGCCUGGUGGGGCCAGUGUGGGGGUGGUGAGGUUCCCAGCGGUGAUGAAGCUGGAGUACGGCGCGGGGGCGGUGGGUGUGAGGAAGGUAGGCUCUCUGGAGGAAAGUCUGGCACACUUUGAGAGGAUCAGCGGGGACCUCCGCGAGGAGACAGACUACCCCGGCAUCGGCCUGGGCUGGGGCAACGCCAUGAUCCUCAUGGAGUACGUGGGAGGCACCGAGCACGACGUGGACGUGGUCCUGUUCGAGGGGAGACUGGAGGGCGCCUUUGUGUCUGACAACGGCCCCACGCGCACCCCAGCCUUCACCGAGACGGCCGCCCAGAUGCCCUCAGGGCUGGCGCCGGACAAGCGUGCUCAGCUGAUCCGCGCGGCACACCACGCAUGCCUGGGCUGUGGCCUACGAGACGGCGUGUUCAACGUGGAGCUGAAGAUGACAGAAGUGGGCCCGAGGCUCAUCGAGAUCAACGCCCGCAUGGGCGGCUUCUACCUGUGCGACUGGAUCCGUCAGCUGUACGGCGUGGACCUCCUGAUGGCCGCCUUCAUGGUGUCCUGUGGGGUGCGUCCCUGCCUGCCCUCAGCCACAGCCCUCCCAGCCAGAGGCCACUUUGCUGGGGUGAUGGUGGUGGUGUCACGGCACCUCCAGGCCCUGAGGACCACAGCCAGCCCUGAGCGCCUGAGAGGGCUCCACCAGGAGGGGGCGUUGUGGCUGAACGAGCUGGCGGAGGAGGAUGAACUGAUCUCUGGUGAGUACGAGGAGCCCUUCUGUAAUGUUGGGGUGAGAGAUGCCCACAACGCCACCAACGCUCGCCAGCGCCUCCUCGCCCUCUGCCAAGGGCUGGGCCUGCACUGUCCUCCACGCUACGACCUGGGCUACUUCCUGUCCCAUUUCAACUAGACAGGAACUCAGGGAGGAGAAGCAGGGUUUGUUCAGGAGGGUGCCACAUUUACAUUUUAAUCACAGAUCAAAAUAAUACAAAGAGCUGAAACAAUUCCUUACUCUGCAGAAUUAUAUAUAUUAUAUUACUGCCUGAAUGUUUGUUCAUAACAUUGGACCCUUCUGAAUAGAACCCAUGUUUAGCAAGGGUGUGCUGUGUGCAGGGGUUAGUUUAGUUAGCUUAAAAGGUACAUCACAGGAUGAAAAAACACUCCUCACAUCAAAAUAUAAUAUGUUAUCUCAAAAUUGCAAAUUCAGGGACUAAUCAUUCAGGUAGCAGAACCUUUCCAUUUUUAGCACUUAUAUUUUGGGGACCAUCUCAGGAAUAAAAUACAAGUUUAGAUAAGGUAUCUUCAUCAGUGAUUGGGUAGAAUAGGAUAUGGGUGUCUACCUAUCUACCAGGGUUCAGGAAGUGAUUUGAAUUUAACAUUCAAAUAUGGAAAAAUUGCAACUUUUUCAGUUUAUUGACAAGUCAAAAAAGAAAUAGAGGCCCUUUGUCCAAUUAUUGAAUUGGAAUUUCAGUUUACUUCCUGAAAUUAACCCCAAUCCUGUUAUCUAUAUCUACUACAGUGAGGGAAAAAAGUAUUUAAUCCCCUGCUGAUUUUGUACGUUUGCCCACUGACAAAGAAAUGAUCAG